CUCGUCACAGGAAAGGAGAAGGAGGAGACCGGCUCGAAAAGAGGUCGUUCCAAUUCUACGACUCUCGCCCAACGCGUACCUUUAGGCCCUGGCCGAGGAGUUGCCGCGCCACCCGUCUCUAACACUGUCACCGCCCGCGCGCCCCCCCGUACUUCACGGACGUCUGUAUCCGAUCACGUUCCUAUUCCCGAAGAGAUCGAGGUGAAAGAGGCAGAGCUUCAGAUGGACAUUGAGGAUGACCUUGCGGUAGACCGUGAUCUCGACGACGAUGCCGAUUUGCUCGUUAACGAGCGAGAGGUUGAGGCAAUGAUUGGUAUUGACGAUGAUGAAGACGAAGACGUUGGGGAAGCCCUAGCGAACCCUAAAUCACAACGAACGCGUAUUUGGCCUGAAGUCUCUACCGACCGAGCACGCAAGUUCCAUGCGGAAGUUGAGGCCGUACGUGAAGUUUUCGAUGAUCGGAUCGAUGUCUUCGAUACGACGAUGGUUUCCGAAUACUCGGAAGAAAUUUACGAAUACAUGUGUGACCUGGAGGAGGAGAUGAUGCCCAAUCCGAACUACAUGGAUGGUCAAAACGAAAUUACGUGGGGGAUGCGCCAGACGCUGGUAGACUGGCUCCUACAGGUUCAUUUACGGUACCACAUGCUCCCGGAAACGCUGUGGAUUGCGGUUAAUAUCGUGGACCGCUUCCUGACCAAGCGCGUUGUAUCCCUCGUCAAACUUCAGCUCGUUGGAGUCACGGCUAUGUUCAUUGCCGCAAAGUAUGAAGAAAUCCUGGCACCAUCUGUCGAUGAAUUUGUUUACAUGACCGAGAAGGGAUACACCAAAGAGGAGAUUUUGAAAGGGGAGCGAAUCAUGUUGCAAACGCUCGAAUUCCGGAUAUCGCAUUACUGCUCGCCCUAUAGUUGGAUGAGAAAGAUCAGCAAGUCCGACGAUUACGACAUCCAAACGAGAACACUCGGCAAAUUCUUGAUAGAAGUGACCCUACUGGACUACCGUUUUCUAAGGGUAAAACCUAGUAUUGUUGCUGCGGUGGGCAUGUAUAGCGCGAGGAGAAUGCUGGGUGGUGACUGGAACGAAGCGUUCGUGUUUUACUCCGGCUACACAGAGGAGCAACUCAUUCCGGGACACGAACUACUGGUCGAAAAGCUGACCGAGGAGAAUUUUUCUCGACAAUAUGUCUGCAGGAAGUACGCCAACAAAAAGUUCCUGAAGGCAUCUGUUUUUGCCAUCGAAUGGGCCAAGAUUCACUACGAAGCAACCGCCGACCCCAUGGUUCUUGCAUAA